CUCGUCCUCUCACCCCCCUCUCUCUCCUACGCACCCACAGCCGCCGCCCUCUCCCUCCCUCAGAUCUUGAUCCGAUCCAGAUCGACGCUGCCACAGCUUCCCGUCGCCGGCGGCGGUGCCCUCCCUCCCUCGCCCUCUCCUCCUUCCCUCCUCACGGCCGCCUCCACCACGCCACAAACCCCGGCGACGGCCUCGUGUAGAUCCCAUCCUGCUCCGCGUCGCCGCUCUCCCGGCCAUCUCUCCGUUCCCCCAUAGCCACACCUCAUCCUCCUCCCCCUCCCCCGGUCCCAUCCCCAGCCCCCCCGGAUCCACUGUGCUUGUCCACAGCCGCCGCCCCCACCCCCAGCGGCCCGCAGCAUCCGUCCGGCUGUGGUGAUUUGAUUUGAUUUGUGAUUUCGGUUCGUGCGGCAGCGAUGGGGGUGUUGUCGCGGCCGGAGGAGGUGCCGGCGUUGCUCAGGCUCAAGCUGGCGGCGGGGCGGAUCAGGCGCCAGAUCCCGCCCCAGGAGCACUGGGCCUUCGCCUACCACAUGCUCCAGCGCGUCUCCCGCAGCUUCGCGCUCGUCAUCCAGCAGCUCGGACCAGACCUUCGCAAUGCCGUCUGCGUCUUCUACCUCGUGCUCCGGGCCCUGGACACCGUCGAGGACGACACUGCCAUCCCUAACGAGGUCAAGCUGCCCAUCCUUCGGGACUUCUACCGCCACAUCUACAACCCAGACUGGCUCUUUUCAUGUGGAGCAAACGACUACAGAGUGCUCAUGGACAAUUUUAGGCAAGUCUCCACGGCUUUCUUGGAGCUAGGCGAAGGGUCAGAGGUCUCGUGAAGGAGCACAAUGACUCCUUCAACUAGUUCAUCACCAAAGGAAUGGAGAACAUCGUCAAGGUACACUGGAAUACCUGUCGGCAUGCCCUCGAUACGUUCAGAGUUUAGCACUGAGACUCGAACACCGCAAGUUUGCCACUGAUAGGGAAGUCGGUCCAAAUCAAUCCUCCGUGAUGUUUUUCUUGCGCAUGUGCCAGUGAGAUAAAUAAUGGCAAUACCUAAGCUGUAUGCAUUGCUUGUGGAAGGCGAUCUCUGGGCGAUGAGACCAUGUUUAAGCCAAUGUAUAUGAUACAGUUGCAUUGCACCUGUCACUUCUAAUCUGCCAUUAAUUCAAAUAUGCUUGCAAGGGGCUAGUCCUAGCUAAUAUUUCUCCGACUAGGCUAAGUCGAUCUAGUUGGCAUGCUCUUACUCUCUGCUAGCAGCCUGUUCCAUUUGACUCAUUCUAAUUACUACUACAUAUAUGGCAAUUCAAACCUGGCAUAAGUUACACUUGACAAGAGUAUCUUGCACA